AUGCUGUCAGUUAUCCUCAUCAGUUCCUAUGCAUGCGCAGCCAUUGUGGUGGCGAUUCUGCUGAAUGUCGCACGCCAGAUCCUCUUCCGCAACAAGAAUGAGCCUCCUCUCGUCUUCCAUUGGAUUCCCAUCUUGGGCAGCACUAUCACCUAUGGCAUGGAUCCCUAUGCAUUUUUCUUUUCCUGUAGACAAAAGUACGGUGACAUCUUCACUUUCGUGCUCCUCGGGAAAAAGACAACCGUAUACCUGGGCAUCCAAGGCAACGACUUCAUCCUCAAUGGGAAACUGAAGGAUGUCAAUGCAGAGGAGGUGUACAGUCCUCUGACGACUCCCGUUUUUGGCUCCGAUGUCGUAUACGACUGCCCCAACUCCAAACUCAUGGAGCAGAAGAAGUUUAUCAAAUUCGGCCUCACCCAGAGUGCCCUAGAGUCCCACGUCCAAUUGAUCGAGAAAGAAGUGGUUGACUUUCUCAAAACCAGCCCUCGUUUUAAAGGAAACUCCGGGGCAGUGGACAUCUCGGCUGCCAUGGCUGAGAUCACGAUCUUCACAGCUGCAAGUGCGCUUCAAGGCCCCGAAGUGCGCAAGAAACUCACUGCUGAAUUUGCCGACCUAUAUCACGACCUUGAUAAGGGGUUCAGCCCGAUCAAUUUCAUGCUCCCCUGGGCACCUCUGCCGCACAACCGCAAGCGUGAUGCCGCUCAUGCGCGCAUGAGGGCCAUCUACAUGGAGAUCAUCAACGAACGCCGGAAGAACCCAGAAAAGCAGAACAUGGAUAUGAUCUGGAAUCUGAUGCACUGCACUUACAAAGAUGGGAAGCCCGUGCCGGACAAGGAAAUUGCUCAUAUGAUGAUCACCCUCCUGAUGGCGGGCCAGCAUUCGUCUGCGUCUAUCAGCGCUUGGAUCAUGCUGCGGUUGGCCUCGGAGCCGACCGUCCUCGAAGAACUCUACCAAGAACAGACGGCGAAUCUCAAGAUGGACGGUAGUGUUUUGCAGCCCCUGCAGUACAAGGAUCUUGACCUGCUCCCCCUCCACCAGAAUGUCAUCAAGGAGACACUCCGCCUUCAUCUGUCUAUCCACUCCAUUCUGCGCAAGGUCAAGAACCCGCUCCCCGUCCCAGGCACCUCUUACAUCAUCCCAGCCAACUAUACGCUUCUUGCCUCCCCUGGCGUGACGGCACUCAGCGACGAAUACUUCCCCAACGCCAGUCAAUGGGACCCCCACCGCUGGGAGAACCAGCAGCUGGACGAGAAGGAAGACGAAGGCGAGUUGGUCGAUUAUGGCUACGGCGCGGUGACCAAGGGCACAAACAGCCCCUAUCUUCCUUUCGGCGCUGGCCGUCACCGAUGCAUCGGAGAGAAGUUUGCCUAUGUCAACCUGGGGGUCAUUGUCGCGACUCUUGUCCGGAAUCUGAAGCUGUCGAACCUGGAUGGCAAGAAGGGAGUUCCUGGUACGGACUACUCGACUAUGUUUUCGGGGCCAUUGAAGCCCACCACCAUUUCUUGGGCGCGGCGAUUUCCCGAGAGCAGCUCCUAAGUCCCCUGCAAACGUUCAAUCGUGGAGUCCCCAAAAAAAAUUUAAAAAAAAUUUAAGUGCUGGGUUGCUUGUAUCUUUUAAAACUAAAUAAUCGAUCGUGAUGAAAACUAGGUAAUACUAAUAAUAAUGACCACUCAUCUUUCUCUCCUCACAAACCACCUUUUUCAAGUCCCAAGGAAUCAAUUAGGGAGAUGAAAGCGAGGAGCAGGCAGCAGCAGCAGCAAGCCUCUCUCUCCUUUCCAUAGAUUAGGUACCUUGUCUGCCUACAUUGGAAGUACCAGUAGAACACAAUUUCCCCCUCAUCAUCAAAUCGGGCCCCAAGCGC